UGCACAUCAUGGAGAUACACGGACACCAUCCACUUCUGGCGCAAAAACAAACCUGAUUUCUUUAACCAACCUCUUCGCAUCUUCUUCGCCAACGAUAAUUACCCCAGGAAAAUUACAGAACCCUACUUGGAUUGAAAGUUGCGUAAAACCCUUGUAAGGAAACGUCGAGAGCAAACAAAAGUCGACAGCAAAAAUCGAGCGCAAUGACGAGUAGUUGGAGAAGAACAGCGGGCAAUGUGAGGUCGUUUAUAGGGAAUUCGAUGGGAGGUCUAAGAGGUCCUUCCAAUUUAGCUUCCUGGGUCGUUGCCGGAACUCUGGCUUAUUUCCUCUGGGUUAAGCCCUCUCAAGACCUCAAGCGAGAGCAAGAGGAGAGGGCAGCGCUUGCGGCUCUUGAUUCUAAUCGAUACGCGGAGAAAAGAAAACCCAGUUCCGAUCCAUAGGUACUGUUAAAUUUGGCUGAAUUUGUUUGCAGACAACUGGGUUGAUAUACGGCAACAAGAAUAAAGAUUAUCAAUCAGACAAGUAGUUUUUACACUUUUAUUACUUACAUAUGUCAAAUUUCUAAGUUGGAGUUGUUGGUUUAGGUGAACUCAUCUUGAGUAACAGUGUUUCUUGUAUGUUGGGUAUGAUUUUGUGACCUUUAUCAAUAUGAAAUAGAAAAUCCUGAGUAUUAUUUACUUGGAUCA